UCAGAUUUUGUUACAAUGGAGGCCAAUGCAGUAGUAGUAGAAGAGCAGUCGCCAUGCCGGCGGCGGUGGGCGGCGGUUAGGGAAACGACGGUGAAAAUAAGAAGAAAGGUGGCUGAAUUUCCGGAGAAGAUAAAGAAAGUAGCACAAGACGAUCCUAGGAGAGUUGUCCAUUCGUUUAAAUUUGGGUUAGCCAUCACACUGGUCUCCCUCUUCUACUAUUUUGAUCCUCUCUAUGUUGGUUUCGGAAACUCUGCAAUGUGGGCUAUUUUGACCGUGGUCGUCGUUUUUGAGUUCUCUGUAGGAGCAACCCUUGUAAAAGGAUUAAACAGGGGGUUGGCAACAUUUCUAGCCGGAGCAUUGGGAUUUGGAGUUCACCACUUAGCUACCUUGCCUGGAGACAUAGUUCGGCCUAUACUUCUGGGAAUCUUUGUGUUCAUUCUAGCUACAACGGUGUCGUUUAUACGAUUCUUUCCACGAAUGAAGGCAAGAUACGAUUACGGGCUGCUCAUAUUCAUAUUGACGUUUUGCUUGAUAUCGGUUUCGGGUUAUCGGGAUGAAGAGGUGCUUCAAAUGGCGCAUAAAAGAGUAUCCACCAUUCUUAUUGGUGCCUUAGCUGCUCUUCUCGUCUGCAUUUUCAUCUGCCCCGUCUGGGCUGGCGACGAUCUUCAUAAUUUGGCUGCCAACAAUCUCGAAAAUCUUGCAACCUUCUUACAAGGUUUUGGGGAUGAAUACUUCACAAAAUCAAGCGAAAUGGAGUCAAACAAAGCAUCGCUACAAGGAUAUAAAAGCAUACUCAAUUCAAAACAAGUAGAAGAAUCUUGGGUUAAUUCUGCUAGAUGGGAACCCCGACAUGGACGAUUCAAGUUCCGUCAUCCCUGGAAACAAUACCUGAUGGUCGCGAGCCUCACUCGACAAUGUGCUUACAGAGUCGAAGCUCUUAAUGGCUGCCUCGACUCCGAUGUUCAGGCUUCACCAGAAACCUGUGGAAAAUUUCAAGAAACAUGCACGGAAAUAAGCUCGGAAUCGGGGAAAGCCAUGAAGGAAUUAGCAUCAGCAAUCAAAACAAUGAGUGCACCGUCAUCUCAUCGUGCUCACAUCGCGAAAGCGAAGGAUGCGACCGAGAAACUCAAUUCGUUGCUCAAAACACGGUUGUGUGAGGACAUAGAUGUGGUGGAGAUUCUAGCAGUGGCCACGGUUGCUUCACUGCUGCACGAUGUUCUCGCUUGUACCGAGAAAAUUUCGGAGUCGGUUCAUGAAUUAGCCACUCUAGCUCAUUUCAAGAACGAAAAGGAUGGGAAACAAGAGCUAGAUAAGCAGAAACAAGUGCAGAAAACUUCUAAUAGCAUUGAUUUAAAUCAUCAUGUUAUUACAGUUGAGUAGCCUUCAACUUGAG